CUUGCUUUGAACUUCUCAAAACAAAAAGUAAAAAAAAUCUUGAAAUCUUUUGGGGACAAAUCUGUCCAAAUUCAUUGACUUUUAGAAAUGCAGAACAUCAUAAAUUCUGUCAAGGGGACAGCUCUUGGUGUUGCAGAAUACUUGACUCCUGUUUUGAAGGAAUCCAAAUUCAGAGAGACAGGAGUUAUAACACCAGAAGAGUUUGUGGCUGCUGGAGAGAAUAUAGUUCACCAUUGUCCAACUUGGCAGUGGGCGAGUGGAGAUGAGUCUAAAAUAAAACCAUAUCUACCUAAAGACAAACAAUUUCUCAUCACUAGAAAUGUUCCCUGUUAUAAACGUGUAAAAGCCUUGGAUAACCAAAAGGAAGAAUAUGAAAAGGUGAUUGAGGAAGAUGAGGAUGGUGGUUGGGUAGAUACGCAUCACUACGCUGAACCCUCAGUUACACAAGCCCAAGAGGGGGUGGCUGAAAUGACAUUAGACUCAAAGGGCGCAUCAAGCCGUGUAGCUGAUGAUGACAAUGACGAUGAUGAUGAUGAUGAUGACGAGGAAGCUGAAGACAUGGAAGCUUUUGAAGAGAGUGGGAUGUUGGAGGAAGACAAUGCAACAUUAGACACCAAAAAGGUUACAAAGGAGGACUCUGACACUGCAGUAGGUGGAGACACAGGGGUCCUGGCUACAAGAACUUAUGAUUUGAACAUCACAUAUGACAAAUAUUACCAAACACCAAGACUUUGGCUCUAUGGAUAUGAUGAGAACAGAAAGCCCCUCACUGUGGACCAGAUGUACGCAGACUUCAGCCAGGACCAUGCUAAGAAAACUGUCACAAUGGAGCAUCACCCCCAUUUACCUGGGCCCCCUAUGGCAUCAGUCCAUCCUUGCAAACACGCUGAUGUUAUGAAAAAGAUCAUAGAGACAGUGGCCGAGGGAGGGGGAGAACUGAGAGUGCACAUGUACCUAAUGAUAUUUCUCAAGUUUGUCCAAGCCAUCAUUCCAACUAUAGAGUAUGACUACACGCAACAUUUUACAAUGUAGGAUAACCCA